UCCCACGAAAAAAAUUCCCCCCAAUGACCUCGUACCAUAGAAUGUUAUUGCACAGAGUAGCUGCUUAUUUCGGCCUGGAACACAACGUGGACCAGAGUGGGAAGUCGGUGAUCGUGAAUAAAACGAGCAGUACCAGAAUGGAGAUACCCCGCUCCAGUGCCGGUCUGUGCUGUUAAUGACAUCAUCAACCCAGGGCACACUGGGACGACUCAGUGGAGUGGAGUGGUGAUGGCAGGGCAGUAAAUUCAGGGACCUUUAAGAAAAAAAUGAGACCUGACCAGAAGUUUUGCGAACAUAUAAAAGAUGAAAAAAGUGAAGAUUUUCAAAAACGGUACAUCCUGAAACGAGAGAAUUCUAGUCUAGACAAAGAUGAUAAUCAGAUGCGAAUACGAUUAAAAGAUGACAGAAGAAGCAAAUCUAUAGAAGAGCGAGAAGAAGAGUACCAGAGAGCUAGAGAACGAAUAUUUGCACAAGAUUCGCUGUGUUCCCAAGAGAAUUAUAUUAUUGACAAAAGAAUUCAAGAGGAUGAAGCCAACAGUACCCAGCAAAGGCGACAGAUAUUUAGAAUCAACAAGGAUGCUUCAGGGAGGUCGGCAAACAGUCUCCAGAGCAGUACAGACAACGAGCUAAAGUACUCGGAACCCCGUCCGUGGAGCAGCACAGACUCGGACAGCUCUCUUCGCAGUUUGAAGCCCCCUGUGACCAAAGCCAGCAGCUUCAGUGGGAUCUCUGUUCUGACAAGAGGCGAUAGCACAGGAAGCAGCAAAAGCACUGGCAGGCUAUCCAAAACAGGUUCAGAGUCUUCUAGUAGUGUAGGGUCAUCCACGGGUUCUCUUUCUCACACCCAGCAACCUCUUCCAGUCACAGCUCUCAGCCAGCCUUCUCAUGGCACAUCUGCCGUCUAUCCAACUAUCAGCACUAGUAGCUCUCUUUCCUUUGAUGGUGGCAUAAGUGGGCAAGUGGCGUCUUCUAGCGGUAGCUUCUUUUUGCUUCCCUUGGAAGCGGCAGGCAUACCACCUGGAAGUAUUCUGAUCAACCCCCAAACAGGCCAGCCAUUCAUUAAUCCAGAUGGCACUCCAGUUGUGUAUAAUCCUCCAAUGCCUCAACAACCAAUUAGAAACCAAGUGCCUGGACCUCCUCAGCCGCCGCCACCUCCCAUACCACCUCAGCAACAGCCAGCAACCAAUCACAUCCUCUCACAGCCUAUCCGACCUCUUCAGCCUUCUUCACAGCCUGUUCAGUUCUCCACAGUCACUUAUCCACCCCCGCUCCUGCCAGUCUCAUCUACCCAGCAAUAUACUGUGCAAGACAACCUAGGAUCCCAACUUAGCCAUAUGAGUCUCUCCCGACAGCCAUCUGGAGAAGCUGCCGAUCCUCAUGCCAACAUGUUCCAGUCUACAGUAGUCCUCCCACCGCCACAGCAAUCUGGCUUUAUCAUAGCAACGGCCCCACCGGCACCGCCCCCACCGCCGCCACCCCCACCACCGCCACCUGGCCAACCUACUCCUAACUACAGUGGAUCCAGCCACCCUGUUAACCAGCAAGUUCUUCAGCAACAGGGAUAUAUGCAGCAACCAAUGCCACAGAUGCCAGCCUGUUACUGUGCUCCAGGCCAGUAUCCACACUCCAGUCAACAAUAUCGGCCAGUUACUUCAGUUCAUUACAACACACAGCAAAACCAGCCACUGCCACAGCCUGCUCAACAGACAGGUUACCAAGUUAUGCCUAACCAGCAGCAAAACUACCAGGGUUUAGUUGGUGUCCAGCAGUCACAAAACCAAAAUCUAGUUGGAGGCCAACCCAACAACAUUGGAAAUCAGAUUCAAGGAGUACUUGUUCCAUAUCCUCCCAUGCCAUCUUAUCAAGUCUCCAUGGCUCCAGUUUCCCAAGGACUGUCCCAACAAACAUAUCAGCAGCCAGUGGUUAUUCCCAGUCAGUCAAACCAAGGACUCCCCACAUCAGGAAUGCCCGUUUAUUAUAGUGUCAUUCCAUCUGGACAGCAGAAUAAUUUAAGCUCUUCAGUGGCAUAUCUUCAACCUCCAGGGUCAGAGCAGAUACAGUUUCCUAGAACAACAUCACCUUGUAAUUCCCAACAGCUCCAAGGACAACAGUGUGCAGCAGUAGCACCACCACCCAGUGGAGGAAUGGUAAUGAUGCAGCUCAAUAUUCCCAAUAAUCCUCAGCCUCGGCCCCAUUCCCCUCCUCAGUGGAAGCAGAAUAAAUAUUAUUGCGAUCAUCAAAGAGGGCAGAAGUCGACAGAGUUUGGUUCAUUGGAGAGUUGCCCACAGCUACAGCAUAGUCCACAAAUAGGUAGCCCUGCCACAUCUCCAGCCCAGUCACCGGCACCAACUCAGCUCUCAAACAUGAAGAACAUCCGUCCCACUUUAACACCUCUUCCUCUUGUGCCCCCAUUCUCACGACAUUUCGUUCCAGGACAAGGAGAUGCCAGAUAUCCUCUACUUGGCCAGCCUUUGCAGUACAAUCCUUCUCUGCCACAUGGGCACAUAGCAGGUCCACAGUGUCAACCAGGAAACAGACAUGGAAAUAGAGGAAGAAAACCAGCUAAAAAGGCUGUUUCAGCUGAUCUUGGUGCAGGAGAACCAGGCAUGUAACUCAUUGUCUAGUAUUACUUUGUGAUGCAACUAUUGCAACUAUUGUAGUAUAUUAUACCUCUUUCUUUUUUAUGCUGCUCUGUAGGAAUAAUGGAGAUGAAUACAGAUUAUGUUAGUAGUGCUUAACCUGCAUGCUGCUGCCAGCCCAAAAUGAAUUGACAUGCAUGUUAGGGUGGGUCACCAGGGUAAUAUUAAGAAAUUGAAAUUUAUUUGGCACAAGCAUAAUGAUCCCCAGAUGUGUGAUUGAUUGAAUUUAGUUAAUUUGACAAUCUAUGUUCCCUGAACAGGAGGGGCAGGUUUGACCUUAAGUGAAUAGGUAUACUUUCUCAUAC